AUUGUGCUUGGCCAGCCCCGCGGGGGAUAAAGAGGCGCGGGACGCAGGGAGAAGGCGCAGAAGCAGGUCCCUCUGUGCUUGGCACUCCCCAUCGCAUCGCACCGCAGACCCCGGGAGGAUGAGGCUCGCCGUCCGCGCCCUGUUGGCCUGCGCGGUCCUGGGGCUGUGCCUGGCUGUCCCUGAUAAAACUGUGAGAUGGUGCACCGUUUCAAGUCAUGAAGCCAGUAAGUGCUCCAGUUUCCGUGAAAAUAUGAAUACUGUCCUUGAGGCUGGUCCUGUUGUCUCCUGCGUAAAGAAAACCAGCUAUCUCGACUGCAUCAAGGCCAUUGCGGACGAUGAAGCUGAUGCUGUGACACUGGACGCGGGCUUGGUGUUCGAGGCCGGCCUGAAGCCCUACAGCCUAAAGCCGGUCGUGGCAGAGUUCUAUGGGCCAAAAGAUGAUCCACAAACCAAAUAUUACUCUGUGGCCGUGGUGAAGAAGGGCAGUAACUUCCAGCUGAACCAGCUCCAAGGCAAGAAGUCCUGCCACACAGGCCUUGGCAGGUCUGCUGGGUGGAACAUCCCCAUGGGCUUACUUUAUUGGAAACUGCCUGAGCCACAGGAAUCUCUUCAGAAAGCAGCGUCCAAUUUCUUCGCGGCCAGCUGUGUCCCCUGUGCGGAUCGGACAGCCUUCCCCAAACUGUGUCAACUGUGUGCGGGGAAAGGAACGGACAAGUGCGCCUGCUCCAACCACGAACCGUACUUCGGCUACUCGGGGGCCUUCAAGUGUCUGAUGGACGGUGCUGGGGAUGUGGCCUUUGUCAAGCACUCAACGGUACUGGGCAGUCACCCUGAACUGGGCAUCAGAAGCUUCUUGGCCUAUAACUGGCUGUGGGAUCUUUGGCAACAACAUUUUGGCAAAGAUAAAUCUACGGACUUCCAGCUCUUCAGCUCCCCUCAUGGAAAGGACCUACUGUUUAAGGACUCUGCCAAUGGGUUCUUAAAGAUCCCCCCUAAGAUGGACUCCCAGCUGUACCUUGGAUAUGAAUAUGUCACUGCUGUUCGUAACCUAAGAGGAGAAACACUCCCAGACACCUCGAAGGAUGGGUGCAAGAAGGUGAAAUGGUGUGCAGUGGGUCACAUGGAGAGGAAAAAGUGUGAUGCAUGGAGCGUGAGCAGUAGCGGGCAUAUAGAGUGUGAGUCAGAAGAGACCACUGAAGAUUGUAUUGCCAAGAUCAUGAAAGGAGAAGCUGAUGCCAUGAGCUUGGAUGGAGGCUUUGUCUACAUCGCGGGCAAAUGUGGUCUGGUGCCUGUCCUGGCGGAGAACUACUACACUUCUGGCAACACUUGUGAAAACACACUAGAGAAAGGGUAUCUUGCCGUGGCUGUGGUUAAGUCAUCAUCAGGUGAUGAUCUCAACUGGAACAAUCUGCAAGGCAGGAAGUCCUGCCACACCGGAGUGGACAGAACUGCUGGCUGGAACAUACCCAUGGGCCUGCUCUACAACAUGAUUAACCACUGUGACUUUGAUAAAUUUUUCAGUUCAGGCUGUGCCCCUGGGUCUCAGAAAAACUCCAGCCUCUGUGCUCUGUGUAUCGGCUCCGAAACGUCUCCGGGAAAGGAGUGUCUUCCCAACAACCAUGAGCGAUACUACGGCUAUACAGGGGCUUUCAGAUGCCUGGUUGAGAAGGGAGACGUGGCCUUUGUGAAAGACCAGACUGUCAUGCAGAACACGAAUGGAAGCAACACUGACGCGUGGGCAAAAGACCUGAAGCCAGAGAAUUUUCAGCUGUUGUGCACUGAUGGCACCAGGAAGUCUGUGGACAAGGCUGAGAGCUGCCACCUGGCCCAAGCCCCACAUCAUGCUGUGGUCUCACGGGAAGAUAAGGCAGCUUGUGUUCGCAAUGAGCUACUUAGCCAGCAGCAUGAAUUUGGAAAAAAUGGAAAUGACUGCUCGGGCAGUUUUUGUAUGUUCCAGUCAGAAACCAAGGACCUUCUGUUCAGAGAUGACACCAAAUGUUUGGCUACACUUCCGGACAAAACAACAUAUGAAUCCUACUUAGGACAUGCAUAUGUCACGGCUGUGUCUAACCUGAACCAAUGUUCAAAAUCAAAACUCCUGGAAGCCUGCACUUUCCACAGAGAUUAAAAUCCAAGACUGGGGGCCACCACCUGCUGGAGAUGGGAGCUCAUAUGACGCAUAUGCUUCCCCCUGGGUUUGCUGGCUCGAGUGGUUUGGUUGCCUUCACAGUUUGGUGGUGGUACCUCUGCAGGACAAAAAAAUAAAUAAAAAUUAUUAUUGGUUU